CACUACCCCCAGGCCCCUUUUGUGUAGUUCUUGCCAACACAGCAGCCCUCCUGCUAUAUAUUCCGGCUGCCACUCUUGUCCCCAUCACACUGGACGCUGAUCAUCCGCUGACAACAACCAUGGGGAAGAUCACCUUCUACGAGGACCGCGGCUUCCAGGGCCGCCGCUACGAGUGCAGCAGUGACCACCCGAACCUGCAGCCCUACUUCAGCCGCUGCAACUCCAUCCGCGUGGACAGCGGCUGCUGGAUGCUCUACGAGCGCCCCAACUACCAGGGCCACCAGUACUUCCUGCGGCGCGGGGACUACCCCGACUACCAGCAGUGGCUGGGCUUCAGCGACUCCAUCCGCUCCUGCCGGGCCAUUCCUUACACCAGCUCCCACAGGAUAAGGCUGUAUGAGAGAGAUGACUACGGGGGCCUGGUGUCUGAGCUCACCGAGGACUGCUCCUGUAUCCACGAUCGCUUCCGGCUCAAUGAGCUCCGCUCCCUCCACGUGCUGGAGGGCUGCUGGGUCCUCUAUGAGCUGCCCAGCUACCGGGGGCGACAGUACCUGCUGAGGCCAGGGGACUACAGGCGCUACCACGACUGGGGGGCCAUGGAUGCCAGAGUGGGUUCUCUGAGACGGGUCAUCGAUUUAUACUAGGCUGUGUGUUUCUUGUUAUGAUCCACAUCAA